AUGGCAAACAACUACAACACUUCAAGUAAUUUUACUACCGAACAUUAUCCAUGGUCUAAUACAUCGAUAGGGAUUGUUUCUGGAGAUUCGAUUCCAACCUCGGAUAAAUCGAUGCCACUAUCAAAACAAGAUCACGAACUACCAACUUAUGAUACAUUUACUGCUCCAUCUGCACCUGGCAUUGGUGAUCUACCACCAAACUAUUUUGAUAUAUCAAUUGUACCUAAUGGUGCUAUUUUAUACAAUAAUCAAGUGACUCCUUAUACAGAAGUUUCUAAAGCAGAAAUAGAACGUAAUAAAAAAGGUGUUCGUUCAUUCGAUCCACUUAUUGAUCAAAAUCCCGAUCAAUUAUGGCUUUAUUUUAUGACUUAUCUAAAUGAAAAACCACAAUUAAAAGUCAAUAUUAAGGGUUCUUAUACAGAGUAUUAUACAACAACUGAAACUUAUACUGAUUCUGAUGGGAACACGCAAACUCGUGAUGUUCAGCAAUCUCGCACUGUGACUGAGUUUCAUUUUUCUGUUGAUAUAUCGCCGUAUAUUUGUAAUCAAUGGUGGCGUGUAGCUGUUGUUCCAUUGACAAAAGCAGUUAAUCCUGGUGAAAUGGUUACUUUUAGAGAUGCUCUGGAACAAUAUACACUUUCAAGAAAGAAAAUUAAAGAAAUUGUAUUGCAAAAGCAAUUACUUGGCUGGAAUUUAGUAGAAUUGCAACGACAACUCAUUACAUUAGUUCUUUCAACCGGCUACCGUAAUGACAUUUGUAUCACUUAUAGUACAUUUAAUCAGGAAAUUGUUGCUCGUUCAUCUUCCAAACUCAGUCGUUUUGCUAAUUCGAGUAUAGUUCGUGUCUUAUGUUGUAUUUCCUGUUUAUGUAUUAUCUUUGGUCCCAUUUAUUAUUGCUUACGUGAGAUAGGCUCAACGCGAGAUAAAAUUGUCGCCGAUUAUAUGUUAAUGAAAUCAGCUGAUACUUUUCUUCAAUUUAAUGCUCAAAUGAUUGCUAAUGCAGUAAAACAACGCUCAUAUGAAUCUUAUGUAGCACAUUUUGCUUAA